GAGAAGGUGCAGCAGGACAGAGGGGCGAGGUCUGGCAGUCGUAGUGCCUUUGGGGAAUCACCCGCAGUAGAGGCACCGGGAGGCGGAGACUAGGGGGUCGAGAAGCAUGGCGGCGGUAGUGGUGGCGUCGGCAGUGCGGGCUCGGAUCCUGCAGGUUUCUUCCAAGUUAAACUCCACUUGGUAUUCAGCAUCUUCCUUCUCUUCUUCUUCAGUGCCAACUAUAAAGCUCUUCAUUGAUGGGAAAUUUGUUGAAUCCAAAAGUGACAAAUGGAUUGACAUCCACAACCCAGCCACCAAUGAGGUUAUUGGUCGGGUCCCUCAGGCCACCAAAGCUGAAAUGGAUGCAGCUGUUGCUUCCUGCAAACGUGCUUUUCCCACAUGGGCAGACACUUCAGUAUUAAGCCGUCAGCAGGUCCUGCUCCGCUAUCAACAACUUAUUAAAGAAAACUUGAAAGAAAUUGCCAGGUUAAUCACACUGGAACAAGGGAAGACCCUAGCUGAUGCUGAAGGAGAUGUGUUUCGAGGCCUUCAGGUGGUUGAGCAUGCCUGUAGUGUGACAUCCCUCAUGCUGGGAGAGACCAUGCCAUCCAUCACCAAAGACAUGGACCUUUAUUCCUACCGUCUGCCUCUAGGGGUGUGUGCAGGCAUUGCUCCAUUCAAUUUUCCUGCUAUGAUCCCCCUUUGGAUGUUUCCCAUGGCCAUGGUGUGUGGAAAUACCUUCUUAAUGAAACCAUCAGAGCGAGUCCCUGGAGCAACUAUGCUUCUUGCUAAGUUGCUCCAGGACUCUGGUGCCCCUGUUGGAACACUGAAUAUCAUCCACGGACAACAUGAAGCUGUUAACUUUAUUUGCGAUCAUCCGGAUAUCAAAGCAAUCAGCUUUGUGGGAUCCAACCAGGCAGGAGAGUACAUCUUCGAGAGAGGGUCAAGACAUGGCAAGAGAGUUCAAGCCAAUAUGGGAGCCAAAAAUCAUGGGGUAGUCAUGCCAGAUGCCAAUAAAGAAAAUACCCUGAACCAGGUGGUCGGGGCAGCAUUUGGAGCUGCUGGUCAGCGCUGCAUGGCUCUUUCAACAGCCAUCCUUGUGGGGGAAGCUAAGAAGUGGCUGCCAGAGCUGGUGGAGCGUGCCAAAAGCCUGAGAGUCAAUGCAGGAGACCAGCCUGGAGCUGAUCUGGGCCCUCUGAUCACCCCCCAGGCUAAAGAGCGAGUCUGUAAUCUAAUUGAUAGUGGAACAAAGGAAGGAGCCUCCAUUCUUCUUGAUGGUCGAAAAAUUAAAGUCAAAGGCUAUGAAAAUGGCAACUUUGUUGGACCAACCAUCAUUUCUAAUGUUAAGCCAAAUAUGACCUGUUACAAAGAAGAGAUUUUUGGUCCAGUUCUUGUGGUUCUGGAGACAGACACUUUGGAUGAAGCCAUCAAGAUUGUAAAUGACAAUCCAUAUGGAAAUGGAACUGCCAUCUUUACCACCAAUGGAGCCACUGCUCGGAAAUAUUCCCACUUGGUGGAUGUUGGACAGGUGGGUGUGAAUGUCCCUAUCCCAGUGCCUUUACCAAUGUUCUCAUUCACCGGCUCUCGAUCUUCCUUCAGGGGAGACACCAAUUUCUAUGGCAAACAGGGCAUCCAAUUCUAUACUCAGCUAAAGACUAUCACUUCUCAGUGGAAAGAAGAAGAUGCUACUCUUUCCUCACCUACUGUAGCCAUGCCUACCAUGGGCCGUUAGAAACAAGUUUAUUCCAGCUCAGUCCAUCCUGAGUAAGCUCUCUUUAUUUUGACUGACUUCAUUUGCCAACUUUGCUCAGAUCAGAUCCCUGGGAAUGGACUACCUUGUAACUAAUACCUUUCUCAGGACAAUUAGCCUCUGCAAAGUUGCUAUAGGGAGACUCCUAGUGUAACUCUGAAACCAGAUUUUCAUUUACUCUUCAUACAUCUGUUUUUGAGGUAACUGUUGUUAACUGUGAAAUGUUUAUCUAGAAUGAUUCCUUAGGACUAUUUUCUAAAAAUUCUCCCCUUUUCUGAUAACUUGAAGGAAGGGAAGAUUAUGUAAAAAAGAUCUUUCAUAAUUGGAAGAGGACCUCUUGGAUGAGAAAAUGGGACAGGAAUAAUUCACCCUUUGGUUGAUCCUCAAACACAGCCCUACAUAAAUGCCUGUGAGAGACACCCCUCUGCCAGGCUUUCCUAAGCCUCUCAUUUAUCACACACUACACAAAAUAGAGUCCAUUCUACUUAUCCCACAGUGUGACAAAUGCUUGUUUCUUUUUGCUGAAUGCCAGUUUGUCCUAGUGAAUUAUGAACACUAAAUUCUGCCAUUGUCACUUUUCCUGCUUAAAAUCACUUCUCAAGGAUACCUCAGUAUGCACUGGAUAAAUCGACUUUUUGUUGUGUGUGCCAAGUGUUAGAUUUCAGGAUUCGCUUCAGCAGUCAUUAAUUAAUGCUUCAGUCAUUAAUUCAGGUGCCCAUAGGUUUUUUUGUAUUUUGGGUUUUUUUAGAAAACCAUUUCAAAAGUUAUUUUACACCCAGAAAUCAAGGGGUGUUCCAGCCGUGAAAGUGGGCAAGACUCUUGCCUUAAGCAAAUUGAACCUGAUAGUCCUUGACAAAAUUUUUAUGUUGUUCUUUCCUCUUGCCUUCAUUAAAUAAAAGAACCCUUUAUAUAGA